AAAAUAAUUAGCUCCACUUUUAUAUAUGCAAAUAUAGAAGAUUCCAAUUAUUUUUGUCACCCCAUAAUGCAGCAAAAAUCUCAAUCCACUUGAUAAAAACCUGCGAUCUGACGCCCUCGAGAAAUUCAAUUAUUUAAAAUUGAAGUUUAAUCUCGGAGGGCGUUUGCCGGAAUUUCCUGACUGGUUCCGCCGUCGGUGUCGCGGCGGCUCCGGUUGUGAUCACUGAUUUUUUUAAAAAGCGAAAAUGGUGAAUGCGAUGGUGGAAAGAGCUACCAGCGACAUGCUGAUCGGUCCAGAUUGGGCGAGAAACAUCGAGAUCUGCGAUAUCUGCACUGCGGAUCCCUCACAAGCAAAAGAUGUUGUAAAAGGUAUAAAGAAUCGCCUACGUAGCAGACGGCCCAAAGUCCAGCUCCUUGCCCUGACUCUAUUGGAGACCAUUGUGAAGAACUGUGGUGAUAUUGUCCAUAUGCUUGUUGCUGAGAGGGAGUUGCCACGUGAGAUGGUGAAAAUUGUGAAGAAGAAGCCGGACUUUCAUGUGAAAGAGAAGAUAUUAAUAUUAAUAUAUACUUGGCAAGAAGCCUUUGGAGGACCAAGGGCAAGAUAUACCCAAUACUUUGCAGCUUAUCAGGAGUUGUUGCGCCUUGGAGCAGUUUUCCCCCGAAUUUCUGAGACGUCAAUACCUGUUUUUGCACGACCAUCUUACCCACAAAAUAUCGGUAGUUCCGAGUCUAGACUGCCUCCAGCUAAUUCAUCCGUUGAACCUGAAUUUCCAACAUUGAGCCCGACAGAAAUUGAAAAUGCACGUGAUAUUAUGGAUGUCCUUGCAGAAAUGCUGAACGCCAUAGGUCCUGAUAACAAAGAGGAAGUAAACCAAGAUCUCAUUAUUGACUUGGUGGAAAAGUGCCGUACCUAUAAGCUUAGAGUGGUACAUCUUGUUAACUCAACAACGGAUGAAUCACUAUUAUGUCAAGGACUGGCUCUAAAUGAUGACUUGCAACGUGUUUUGGCUAAACAUGAAUCAAUUUCUUCUGGCUCUAUCCCUGUUCAAUCAGAGAGCAAAAAACCUGAACCUGCUCAAGCCUUGGUCAAUAUUGAUGCUCCUCUUAUUGACACUGGUGACGAACAAUCAGAAAAAGGAUCGACGUCGGAAGCUAAUUUAGACAGACAGUUGCUGCUCACAGUCACUGCUCCUCCAGCAUCUAAUGGCCAAUUGACAACUACAGCGAAAGUUGAUCUUUUGAGCGGAGAUGCAUUCAACUCACCGACAGCAGACUCUCUGGCACUUGUUCCUUCAUCGGAGCCUCAGCCACCGAGCCCAGCUGCAUCCCAGCAGAAUAUUCUUGCUCUGGUUGAUAUGUAUCCGCAGAGUAACAUUCAGUCCUCAAGUAAUGGUCAAUCUCCACAGCCGUCUCUACUCCCUAACGGAAGUGCUUCGAGUCUGAUUGUACCGCAACAUGACCAGCCGACUUACGCUCAAGGAUCUGCCUUCGCGUGGAAUGGUCAGACGAACCAGCAACAACUGCCAAACUCACCAAUUUAUGGUGAUUCUCAAAGUAGCAGUGCUCUUCCUCCUCCCCCUUGGGAAGCCCAGCUGGACAACAGCAUGCCAGCCGUUAGCCAACCUCAAGAAUCACAAGCAGUGGCCAACGACUUCCAGCCAUCGCCUAGCGGGGCCUACAUUCCACGACCGCAAACCGAGUCAAAUAACCCGGUGGCCGGAUCAUAUAUGCAUCCAAGCCACCCGGGCAACCAGAUGAUGGGGGCCUUGCAACCCAUGGGUGCGUAUCAUCAACCAGUGCAAUCCAACCAGAUGGGGUAUGCGUAUCCUCAACAGAUGCACGGCAACCAAAUGGCUGGCUACUGCUACAGCUAUGGAUACGGUUACGGUUACAGCCCGGAGCAAAUGCACAACGCCCAGUAUCUUGAGCAGAAUAUGUCUGGCUUAGCAUUGAGGGACGGCGGUGCAUCUUCUUACUCUGUACCGUACGUGCCAUCUGGAAAGCCGACGAAACCGGAGGACAAGCUCUUCGGAGACCUUGUUGACAUCUCCAAAUUCAAACCAGCAAAAGCCACAGCAGGUUGAACUGGGAGCUUGUGACACUUGCUUCUUGUGUUGUGCCUUGGUAUCUCUUAAUUCCUUUUGCCCUUUUUUGCUCUUUUUUUUUUUUUUUUUGUAUUUUUGUUUGUUUGGGCUACAUCAUUAUUUGUAUUGGCCUGCAUUCACCUCCUCCCUCCAUCCCUCUCUCUCUCUCUCUCUCUCUCACACACACACACACACACACAUAAAAUAAAGGGGGGAGGGAGCAUUCUUUGAGGGUAGGGCUUCUUUAUUUUUUAUUAUGCACCAUUUUUUAGCAUUUCCGGUCAGGAAAUGCAACAAUUAUACAUAAUGAAUGGAAAAUACGAUAUAUGUAAUGUAAUGUAAUGUAAGUAUAUGAUUGAACCAUUUUAAUUGAAUGAAUGAAGCUCAGGUCCUUCAAAGUUAA